AUGAAGUCGAUGUUCAACGAAUUUCGAGAAACUCCAGAACAUUGGUUGUUAAAUGAAAUCACAAAUUACAUCGAUAUUAUCGCAUGUCUACUAUUUUUGAUUUUGUUACGAAAAACGCCGAGUGACGAGAAGAAAAGUAUGAUUUAUCCGUUUUACAAGAUUAUUGCUUUCAUUGUUGUCAGCCGUGUAAUUAUUCGAAUAAGUUCGAUAGUUUUCUCAAUGACAAUCUAUUUUAUGGAUGAUGAUGUGAAUAUAUGGAUUAUAAUGUGAGUUGGACAUCGACUAAAUGACAUUUUCAGGUUUUGUGGGUUGAAAUAUCGGAUUUUAAUGUUAUUCAUAUGAUAGAAUGGUCUAAAACGAGCAGAAUGAUACAAAUUUUGAUGACUUUAGGUUAUCCUUAAGUGAUUUAGCGAUGUUUAGUCGAUAAGCCGCUAAAUCACUUAUGGAUAUCGUAAAGUCAUCAAAAUUUAUACAGUGCGUCCAAUAAAGAUAGGACCCCCCUAGAAUUUGAGAUUUCCAAUUAAACGGUUAUAGAUGACUGAUAUUUGAGAAUGGGAAUCGUUUUUAAAUUAAAAAAUAACCCAGGAAACACGUUUCUAUCAUUUGUGAGUUGUUUCAUCUACACGUGACGUGAAAAUGCUGAUUUUCGAGCGUCCAAUAAAGAUAGGACCCCCAACCAAAAAAUGAGAAUUAGCCUCGAUUGUUAUGAAUAUUGAAUUGAGUUACCUUAAUACCGAUAUCGACAUGUGUUUUGAAUCAUAAAAUUCAAGAUAUAGUUCACUCCGAACUUCUGAAUCAACAUUUCAUAAUUAUUCAAUUUUUCAUCAAAAAUCAGUAUUUAGAAGCUAAUCUUGAUUGAAUCACAGUUUUUAUGUCUAAUUCAUCACUAAAUUUGCAUUUUGAACUAUUGUUAACAAAUUCCGAUGUCAAAUUUCGAUUUUCUGAUGUUACGUUCCAGUCAUGUCCACUGAUCUUUUCGAUUCUAACAUCAAGAACAAUGAUUGUUUUGAAAUUUUGGAUCAUGAAUUUGCUCAUUAAUUGUUUGCGAGCGUUAGAAAUUUCACUCCAACAAUUAAACUACAUUUUGAACAUUUCUUAUUCAACUUAUUUCAAUCAUUGCAUGAAACAUUUAAAAAUAGGAUGCAAAUAAAGAGACAUGGAUUGUUCUUGAAACAAAUCUCAAAGAGGCGUGAAUAAGUCCAGUAGUAAUGUUUAAAUGAUUAGAUAUGGUUCGAAAUACGUUGUUCAUCCAAUGUCAGCUUUAUAAUAUAAAAUUAAUCGAUGUUCUUGAUGUUAGAAUCGAAAAGAUCAGUGGACAUGACUGGAACGUAACAUCAGAAAAUCGAAAUUUGACAUCGGAAUUUGUUAACAAUAGUUCAAAAUGCAAAUUUAGUGAUGAAUUAGACAUAAAAACUGUGAUUCAAUCAAGAUUAGCUUCUAAAUUCUGAUUUUUGAUGAAAAAUUGAAUAAUUAUGAAAUGUUGAUUCAGAAGUUCGGAGUGAACUAUAUCUUGAAUUUUAUGAUUCAAAACACAUGUCGAUAUCGGUAUUAAGGUAACUCAAUUCAAUAUUCAUAACAAUCGAGGCUAAUUCUCAUUUUUUGGUUGGGGGUCCUAUCUUUAUUGGACGCUCGAAAAUCAGCAUUUUCACGUCACGUGUAGAUGAAACAACUCACAAAUGAUAGAAACGUGUUUCCUGGGUUAUUUUUUGAUUUGAAAACGAUUCCCAUUCUCAAAUAUCAGUCAUCUAUAACCGUUUGAUUGGAAAUCUCAAAUUCGAGGGGGGUCCUAUCUUUAUUGGACGCACUGUAUCAUUCUGUUCGUCUUAGACAUUAAAACCCAAUAUUUCAACUCAUUUGCUUAAAAAACCUGGAAAUGUCAGUUUUAGCCCUGAUGAGUGAGACGCAGACAAAAAAGGCGGUAAGAGAGUGUGUCACGUGAAGAGUCGCAGACAACCCGACAAAAAUGCGUCAAGAUUAAUUAUUUCGUUACAGAAUCAUCGGAUUAAACUAUUUUCUAACUCGUGACAACUAUGGUUCAAUGUUAUUCGUUUUUCUCAUCGGAAUUCAAAGAUUCAUCGUCAUCUUAAACUUCGAAUCAUUCUUCAAAUAUGUCCAGGGCAAAUAUCUAAAUCUAGUUUCAGUUCUCAUAAUUCUCUGGGCACCUUUUGAUAUGACUCAAAAUAUAUAUCAAUGUGACAAUUGUGUGAUGUAUUCGUUGAUAAAUGCUCAAAUCGAAUGUCAAAAAUCAGACAGUUUCAGCAUAGUUAAAAGUGUUACAUUUUCUAAAAAAAAAAUUGUUUUCAGAUGUCCCGCUUCAUAUUUUAUAUGGGUUUUUUUGGUGAAAUCAUUUGCCCAAUAUUGUCUAUCAUACUUUACAUAUAUUUAUUAUAUAAAAUCCAUCGAAAUACAGAUAUUCUAUCAGAAACUCGCAAGAAAACAGAGCUCUCCAUAAUCUAUCAGAAUUUACCAUUAUUAUUAUUUUUCAUGAUUCGUGUAAUUGGCGUUUUCAUAUUCUUUUUCAAACAAUUCACAGAUUCAUCUACUGAUUUUAUGAUCAGACAAAUAAUUUGUCGAAAAAUUGCUAUUACUGAUAUAUUUCCAUUGACAUAUUGUAUUGCAAAUUGGAGAAGAUUUCGAGAUAUGAUACCGUGUAGAUGUUGUAAAAAUCAAGUUAAUGUUGAGCAAUCAACAACUGCGCCUGCUCAGCGAAUUUGA